AUGGUUGCAGGCAAUUUUACUGUUGUUACUGAGUUCAUUCUUUUGGGACUGACAGAUAAAGAAGAACUAAAAGUCGUGCUUUUUGUGUUGUUCCUGGGGAUUUACGUCAUUACCUUGGUGGGAAAUGUGGGCAUGAUACUCUUAAUCCAAAUCACCCCGAAGCUCAACACACCCACGUACUUUUUCCUUAGUUGCCUCUCCUUUGUAGAUGCCUGCUAUUCCUCCGUCAUUGCCCCAGAAUUGCUGAUCACCUUCUUGGUGGUGAGGGAAACCAUCUCGCUCUCUGGCUGCAUCAUACAGCAUUUGUUUUUUGGGGUGUUCAUCACCACGGAAGGCUUUCUGCUCUCAGUGAUGGCUUACGAUCGUUAUGUGGCCAUUGCCCACCCUCUCUUCUACAACGUGGCCAUGUCUAGGAGAAAGUGUGUAGUGCUUGUGACUGGGUCUUGUACCGGAGGACUGAUCAACUCCCUGGUACACACAGGAAGCUUGGGGAGACUGUCCUUUUGUGGGCCCAAUGUCGUGAGUCACUUCUUUUGCGAUACUCCCCCACUGCUAAAACUAUCAUGUUCUAGCACCUUCAUGAAUGAGUUUUUGCUUUUACUCUUUUCCAGAGUCAUUGCAAUAGCCACUUUCUUGAUUGUGAUCAUUUCCUAUGUACUCAUAGCCUUUGCUAUUCUGCAAAUCCGCUCAGCCCCAGGCAGAUGGAAAGCCUUUUUCACCUGUGCCUCGCACCUGACUGCUGUGACCAUAUUCUAUGGCACCUUAAGUUUUAAUUACAUUCAGCCAAGCUCCCAGUAUUCUGUGCAACAGGAAAAGGUGGUUUCUGUGUUCUAUACAUUAGUGAUUCCCAUGUUAAACCCACUGAUUUACAGCCUCAGGAACAAAGCAGUAAAAGAUGCUGUGAAAUGGGCCAUAGAACUGAAACGUUUCUCAUGUUAA